AUGGUGCGUCGCGCCCGGCUGGCGCUGGUGGCGGCGGCGGCGGCGCUGGUGGCGUUGGGAGCUCCGGUGGGUCAGGGCGCGAGGGCCCUGGAGUGGUACACGGCGUGGGUGAGCACGGCCUACGUGGAGCCGCUCAGCAACCGCACGGUGCGGGGUAACACGGAGAGCGGCCGUUACGGGGACAGCUCGCCGAAGGAGAGCGCCCAGGGCCUGGUGGGCAUCCCCCGCGGCGCCUCGCCCCGCCACAUGGAAGGCUGCGCCGCCGACACCGACUACGACGUGCCGCUGCCCCCCGGCGGCCGCGGGACCCCCGAGGGCGACCCGCCGCCCUGGAUCGCUUUGGUGGCCCGCGGCGGUUGCACCUUCAAGGACAAGGUCACCAACGCGGCGAGGAAGCGGGCGGCCGCCGUGGUCAUCUACAACGAGGCCCGCUUCGGGAACAGCACCGUCUCCAUGUCCCACCUGGGAACAGGAAAUACAGUGGUGAUAAUGGUUGGCUAUCCAAAAGGGAUAGAGAUACUGGAACCAGUACGAAGAGGGAUUCCAGUAAAAAUGACUAUUAUUGUUGGCACACGACAUGUGCAGGAAUAUAUUAGUGGCCAGUCGGUUGUGUUUGUAGCCAUCGCCUUCAUCACCAUGAUGAUUAUAUCACUCGCUUGGCUCAUAUUUUACUAUAUACAACGUUUCCUGUAUACAGGAUCACAGUUUGGAAACCAGGGACAUAGGAAAGAAACCAAGAAAGCAAUCAGCCAGCUUCAGCUGCAUACUGUGAAACGUGGAGAAAAGGGUUUAGAUGUUGAUGUGGAAAACUGUGCUGUAUGCAUUGAGAACUAUAAACUGAAAGACACUGUCCGAAUUCUGCCAUGCAAGCACAUCUUCCAUAGAACGUGCAUUGACCCUUGGCUUUUGGACCACCGAACUUGUCCAAUGUGUAAACUAGAUGUUAUCAAAGCUUUGGGAUACUGGCACCAGAAAAGAGAGAUGAAGACACAUGCGGGGGACCCUGAAGAUGUCCUUGAAGUUCAAAUACCUGAAUCAAUAAGUGGCAGUGUUUCAGUCGGAAGUCUGAGUAUUGCUUUACAAGAUGAUGACAGAAAUGAAGUAAGCGAAUUGUCAGCUUCCUCCACUAAUGAAUCUGUAUUGCAGUGUACCAGUUUAAAAGAGGACGCAGGUGAAACCACAGCAUUACUUGAUGUGGAUGUCAGUAAUAACCGGCAUGGAGAACAUCUAUCUAAUGGAAAUUCCCAUUGAACUGCUUCAUGGAAGAUAUCUUGAAUAGACUGUUGAAGAACUAUUAUUUUUUAUUUAAUUAGUAUGGACUUUUGUCUAGUUAAUGGGAAAAAAUAACAAUGUAAAUUAUUUUACCUUUCAAACUUUUCUAGCUGGUGUUCCAAAAGGGCUAAUAACUAAGAAUUUUGUACACAGGAGGAUUUUAUAAAAUCUCCUCUGGAUGUCUCAUCCAAAAAAAAAAAAAAAAAAAAAUGCAAUAACCCUUUUUCUGUAAGCAUUGUUACAAUGUCAUUGUGUUCCAGAGGGCUGUAACAAAGAUGAAGACUAGGCAGUGAAAACAAUGUAGAAUGUCUAAUGGAUAAAUAUUUUGGAUGCACUAUUUACAUUCAGUAUGUACACAUGGAGAACACUUACAAGACUACAACUCUUAAAAUGUUCUGAAAGUUCUGAUCUGUUGUAAUUGGAGGUGGAUAUUCUUAGGAAAGAAAUAAUCUAAUGUUGAAGGAGUCAAAUAACUUCAUGGAUAUGUUGCAUAUCCUUGUUUGUGAUGAAAAAAUUGCUAGUUGCAACUUUCCUUACAUGUAACAAAUACUAAUUUGAUCUUGUAAUGUGUUCUACUCGGAGUGGAUGCUGAGAGAAAAGGAGACUUUCUCCAUCUUGCUAGCUUUUUAUACUGAAUUUGGCAGUAACAGGUUGUGCUAGGUGGUCUUCACGUGCUGAGCAUGUAGACUUAUUUAGGUAUAUGCACACUGGUUACCUCUUUCAAUCUUAAACUCAGUAGAACAGAGGUAAAGGGCUAAUUAUGGCUAAAAUGUAUUUAUUAGUCUAUUUAUAAGAAUUUACUUAAUUCCUUCUUACUCCUAUUCCCAUCCAGUCCCACUUCGUUAUGUACAAAUUGAAACUGUUUCUUAGGAUUUACAAAGUUUGGGUUUGUUUUGGUUUUUCUUUUUUUUUUUCCUUUUCCUUUGUAUAGAGAUGUUGGAAUUCUUCUCUUGGAUAUUCCACAUUAGGAGUUUUGACUGGGUUUGCCAUUAGCUUUUAUUCCUUUCUUUUAGAUUAGCAGUAUUGUGCCUUAUAGUAAAACACUUAAGAAACCUGAAGCAUCUGAGAGUAAAUAUAAACCCUGGCAUCUCCCAUUAUGACCUCUUACUCAAAUAUUUAUGUACUGUAAGUGGUAUAAGGAAUUGCUAAACUGUUUUGUAAAGAAAUGUGUAUAUUUAAAACACUACUUACUAAGAGUGUUAAGUGAAUUGUUUAGAAUUUUAGCAUUGUCAUGUUAUAAAUAAUAUGCUACAUUCCUCAAUUUUCUUUUGUAAAGCUGUUACUCCAGGUUGUUUAAAACAGUGUCUUUCACUAGACAUUUGUUUUAGAGUGCAUUUUGUUUUUAAAAAUGUAUAUUUGGGAUGUUUUUAAGAAAAUAUGCAAUUCUUUUUCUAACUUAUAUUGAGCUUCAAUAGAAGCAAUAACUUUUUUUAAUUUUAGAAUGAAUGUUCCAGAAAUGACAGAGGUUUCAGCUGGGGAAGUAUAAUCUGAACUUCUACUUU